CCUCGUCUUCAUUCACAACAGGGCUUACGUGAGAUAGAACCGAGACCGCGCAUGCUCAGUGAACUAGACUUCGUGCUCUCAGGUUGCACUACGUAUUUUUUGCUCCGCGAUUUUCCGUUAAUUUCUCAGAACUGGUGUGUUUUUUCUUUAUUAUCGUUUGACUUUUGGAAGAUUGGACACUUUAUUACGUCGAUUCGGUUGCUUUUACGCACUCUGGAGCGGUGUUUUGACUGGACUGCGUACAUCUGAUCGUUGGCUACGGGCUCUCUGGCCAUUGUCAAUAUGGCGGCCAAGGAGGCCAAGUCGUUGUUUGAGCAACUGACAGCGGACAUAAGCGGUCAGCCUAGUCAGGCGGUCCCCACAGGGGAUGUAGCUACAGCAAGCUGUAGCAAAGCCGCACGCCCUGACGAUAGAUCCACCGGAUCGAAAUCGUCGGGGAAAGCUACGAGAGCCAGCAGUAAGUCGGCUACCCACAAGGAGGCGCCUACUCCUACUCCUAGCACUUCGUCGGUAACGGCUCGGGACAUGGGGUCUCUCAUGGACGAUUUGAAAACUGAUCUAGCAUCCAGUCUCACGGAGAUGCAGACUGUGUUUUUCGAUGCCCUCAAAGAGAGAGAUGAUCGUUUUGAGCGUUUACUUGCUCACCUUGAAGUGACCACAGGUCAUUCUACUUCUACAUUGGGCCCCGGAAAUGAUCCACAGGAUAUUUCCGUGGGGGAAGCAGAGCCCACAGGGCAAAACAAAGCGGCCGAUCAUUUUUAUGAUGUAAUCAGCGCUGAGCUGACUGGAGUCGACAGAGUGGGGCCAGCUGUAUCUGAGCCGCUUGUGCAACUAAUUACUGACAUCUGCCAGGAACAAAUGCCUGAAGAUAAGCUGACAGCUUUGCGCCACAAACACGAGAGGCCGGCCAACAUCAAAGGAUUAACCGCCCCGCGGGUUAACCCUGAGAUUUGGACUGGACUGAAUGCGUCUCAGAGGUCUACAGACCUCAGGUUGGCCAAUAUCCAGGAUUGUGUUUUGAGGGGAAUGACCCCCCUCAUCCAGUUGUUAAACAUACUGGAUACUCAACGAGAGACUGUGGACCCCAAAGAGUUAGUUCAACUAGUCGGCGACAGCCUUCGUUUACUGUCCCAAGGCAACAAUAGCCUUAAUCAACAGAGGAGAGAAAAUCUCAAAUUUGCAAUUGCGCCGGGGUAUCGGCACCUGUGUUCUACCACGACGCCAGUUACGGAGUACCUCUUCGGGGACAAUUUGCCUUCAGUGGUGAAAUCUAUCACCGAAGCUAACAACGCAAGUCUGCGCCUAAGCGGUGGGUUUCGUAACAGACGGGAUUCUCCUUCACGUCGAGGUGGCUUAAGCGGUAGCGCCCCCUAUCGUCCGCAACAGACUUCGGACAGGAGAGGGUCACCCUACUCUGACUUACGGCAUUUAAACUACGGAGGAAGUGCGUAUUCCGCAAGGAAAAAGGGGAGAGGGAAAUCCAGCCGUCGGUGAAUGUGCUUGAUAGCGAAAUGCCUCCAGAAAAUUGUUCAAGACAGGGCGACAGGGAUACUGAUAGUACCGUGUUGGAAGACACAGGUCUGGUUU